AUGGCGGUGAGGUUCCGACCACGCCUGUGGCGCAGACGCGGCAGCGGCGAGAGAGCAUCCGGAGACUCCUCCACGGACGCUCUCGCGUCCGCGGAAUCCAGACUAAUAGGCGGCGAAGCAGACACGAAGCUUCGCAACGAGAAGUCCGCGGCGCGGGUGCGGUCGCUGCGCCUGUGGGGGCUGGUGCUGCUCGCGGGAGUCACCAUCGGCGCGCUCUCAUGGCUGCUCGCCACCGCCAUCGUCGAGUUCUUCGACCUGCUCUACACUCUCAACGACACGCUCCUAGGCGCUCACGCCACGGCGCGUGUUCCCUUCUCCCGCGUGUUCGUCGCGUCGCUCCUCAUGGCGCUCGUCCAAGCCGCGCUUGUCGGCCUGGCGGCCGUUCUAACGGUCAACGUCGCGCCGCUCGCGAACGGCUCGGGCGUCCCCGAGAUAAAGGGAUUCCUUAACGGAAACACCAUUCCGGGGUUUUUUGAGCUGCGCACGACGGUCGUCAAGAUCCUGGGGCUGCUGCUCGUCGUGGCGGCGGGCAUGCCCGUGGGCCGCGAGGGGCCCAUGGCGCACAUCGGCGCGGGGAUCGCCGUUGCGCUCGUGCACCUCCCGCUGAUCGGCCUGCACGCGCACGCGGACGGAAAGAAGCACUCGGAUAAGCCGCGGAGAGAAACAGGCCGCGCGCGCGGGGGAAAGCCCAGCGCGAGCAGCGGCAGCGGGGGGCAUCACGGCGGCGCGGCGGUGGCGUGGCAAGACCGCGACGAGCAGCGCGCGUUCGUGACGUACGGCGGCGCGGCGGGCGUUGCGGCGGCAUUCAAAGCACCAAUCGGCGGAGUACUGUUCAUGUUCGAAGAAGUCUCCUCCUUCUGGUCCACCGAAGCCACCUUCAAAUCCUUCGUUUCCGCCACGAUAAGCACACUCGUUCUAGUCCUCCUUGUCGAGGCCAUGGCCGGUAUAAUCACAUACGAAGCCUUCCUUCUAUUCGUCCUAAACCCAGUAACCAUUUCCUGGACGGCCAAGGACGUAGGCCCGUUCCUUCUCCUGGGUGUUCUAGGGGGGCUGCUCAGUCGGCUCUACACUGUACUGUCCCUCAAGGUGCUGAGAGCGAGACGGACAGAGACUUGGAGGCGGCGUAAGGCUGUGAAGAUUAUAGAUGCCGCUGUAAGUGCGCUGGUGGUGUCGCUGCUGUUCCACCUCCUCCCGGCCAUGUCCCCCUGCAUCUCCCUCCCUGCUCCCAGCGCCUCUGCGCCUGCUGCUCCCCCCGCGUCUCACUCCAGUGCUGCAACCACUGCACACGUGUCGUUUUCCCCCACGUGGUAUGUUGCUGAAUCAGCAAACGCAUCUGCUGCACCGGGGCACGGAGAGGGAGCAGAGGGGCACGUGGUGUUGGUGCAGUACGACUGCCCUGCAGGCCAUUACAACGAGCUCGCCACACUGCUGCUGCGCGGGGAGGAGGGCGCGGUCAAGCACCUCAUGGGCGACACGGCCAGCACCACCGCCACCGGGGAGGCCAUCACCGCACGGGUGUUCCCUGCAGGCGUGGUGGCCGUGUUCCUCAUCGCCUACUCACUUCUUGCAGCGUCCAUAUCAGGCCUGGCGGUGCCCAGCGGGCAGUUCAUCCCCCAGCUGCUCUACGGGGCGGCGCUGGGGCGGCUGUACGGCAUGGCGCUGCAUGCUGCGCUGCCGGAGCAGUUUGCCGAGCCCAGCAUCUAUGCGCAUGUGGGGUCGGCUGCAUGCCUGGCGGGGUACACGCACCUCACCAUCUCGCUUGCUGUGAGUGCUGCGGGCGACCAUCGCAGCAUAGCAGCGGCCAAGGCAGUAGCACAGCUCAUAGGGGUCGCCAAGGUAGUCGCGCAGCUCUUAGGCCGCAGCUACGACGAGGUGUUGCUGGCAAUCAAGAAGAUUCCCUUCCUGCAGGACAAGCCUACAACUCGCACCCCUCUCCUCUGCACCUCUCCUCCUGCUGCGCCCUCUCUCCAGCAUAGGGGUGGCCAAGGCAGUGGCACAACUGUUGGGUCGCAGCUACGACGAGGGGUGGCCAAGGCAGUGGCACAACUCAUAGGGGUGGCCAAGGCAGUCGCGCAGUUGCUGGGUCGCAGCUACGAUGAGGUGCUCCUGUCAAUCAAGAAGAUUCCCUUCCUGCAGGACAAGCCUCACGCGCGCCACCAGGGCUUGCUGGCGCGGCACCUCAUGGACCGCCACGUGGCACAGCUCAGAGAGAUGGAGACGCCGUCGCUCGUGCGGGCGGCGCUGAUCGGCUGCUUCUCGCCGGCGCUCAUGGUGGUGGAUGCGGAGGGCGGGCUGAAAGGGGUGGUUAGCCCUGCUGGUCCUACUGGUGCUGUGGGUGGUGGUGGGGGCAGUCUGGCACGACUGGGACGGAUGGCAGGGUUGCGGUUUAGUGGUGUAAUGAAGCGGGUUCCGUGGACGAGGAAAGCGAGAGUUGGAACGGAGGAGGGGGGUGAUGCGAGGAUGGAGGAGGGGAGGAGGGCAGACGGAAUGGAGGAAGCGAAAGGAGAAGGGAAGGACGAGGAAGAGGAUGGGGAAGAGCGGGAGGAAGAGGAGGAGGAGGAGGAGGAGGAGGAGGCGGAAGAAGGUGAGAGCCACGAGUGGGAAACAGAGGCCCAGCGGCGUGUGAGGAGAGAGAGACGAAGAGGCCACCGGUACACCGAGGAACUUGCUCAGGCGCUUCUGACGUGCCACGAUGACAGCGAGACGGGAGAGGAGAGGCGGAUGAGGGAGAUGGUGCGGAGGGAGGGCGAGGAGCGGCUGUUGGACCGCACUCUGCUGGCCAUGGAGACCAACGCCAGGCUGGCGGACCAGCAGUGGGCGGCGGAAGACGCACUCUGGGCGGCUGUGCCGUCCGUGCACAGCGCUCCUGCUGUCGCUGCCACUGCAGGGGCUGCUGCUGGUGGUGCUGUUGGGGGUGCUGCUGGUGGCAGUGCUGCUGCUGGCUCGGCUGCUGAAUCUGUGCAAGGAGGCAGCGUGAGUGGUGGGGUGAAGCAUGCGUUCAGAGGCCUCGCAGGCAGUGCUGACGGCAGUAGCUGGCAGCUCAGUAGCACAGGCAGUCUCAGCCCUCUUCCCCCUCGCCCUCCUGCUCUUGCCGCCACCCCUCCUCCAUCUGCUCCUGCUGCUGCCCGGGGUGCUGCCUUUGCUGCUGCUGCUGCUGUCUCAGAUGCUGCCUUUGCUACUGCUGCCUCAGAUGCAGCUUCUGACGCGUGGGGCACAGCGACGCAAGGAGUAGCGCCCUUCCAGCAGCAGCAGGUUGCAGAGGAAGGGGGGAAGGAUUGCGAGGUGGAAGGAGGGGGCGGAGAGACACGAGAGGUUGGAGAGAGGGCAGAAGGGGAGGUGAGGAAAGAUGUGGCCGGGGAGAGCAGCAGGGGGGAGGAGAGGGCGGUGGUGAGAGGCGGGGAGACGGAGAGCAGCAGGGGGGCGGUGGGAGCGGCGGUGGGAGCGGUGGUGGGAGGGGGUGAGGCGGAGGUGCUAUUAGAUGCGCCACAUUGUAACUUCCCUUCCUCAUCCGCCCACUUCCUCUCUCCCCACCCCUGCCCGCAGCUCAACCUGACGUACGUGUGUGUGGUGGACAGCACAGGCCAGCCGGCGGGGCUAAUAACCCGAGCGCACCUGAUAGACGCCAAGCCAGUGCACACCAGCGUCACCACGUGGGGUCACUUCGGCCUGCCCUCCUUCCGCCUCUCCCGCCGCUUCUCCUCCUCCUCCUCCCGCCCCUCCGUCGCCUCCCUCACCCCGGAAGCCACCCAAGCUGCCCGGGACCGCGCCGCCCGCAUCCUGGCAGCUCUAGACCCAGACGCACUGGCCAUGGGGGACACGGUGCAGCAGCAGGCAGAGGCGACUGAGAGGGUGAACCUCGCGUCCAUGCUGGCUGCUAUGGACUCUGUACGGCACUUGUACCUGCAACCAGGCCCAGAGCAUGAUGCUGGGAGGAUGGAAGGGCAUGGCGAAGGGAUGAAUGGGCAGGAGGGGAGUGGUGUUGAGGGGGGAGUGAACGGGGAGGAGGGAGGGAUGGGGAGGGAGCGAGGGGAGAGGGAGCGGGGGGAGAGGCGAGGGGUGAGGGAGGGGCAGAGGAGGUGGGCAGGGAGGGUGUCCCCGAGGGAGAGGUGGAGGAAGGCGGUGAGGCUGGUGGUGGAGAGCCUGCGAGCCCAGGCUGCCGCUGCUGCCCUGGCUGCUGCCGCCCGCUCUCAACGGAACCUUGCCCUGCUGCCUGCGGCUUCUGCUGGUGGUGGGGUUGGGGGUGCUGCAAGCAGGGAAGCUUCUGGUGUUGCGGGAAGAGGGAGGGAUGGUGGUGCUGUAAGAGUGAAGGAAGACGGUGGUGGAGGCGGUUCAGAGCACAAGGGAGGGAAGGGUGUGAAGGGGGAAGGGAUGCGGGGACAGGAGAAUGCAGGUGAAGAGGGAGGAGGGCCGUCAGCAAGGCAUGUGCAUUGGGGAGGGGAGAAGGGCAUGGGAGGAAGACUGGGUCUCAGCUUGCGUGACGGUGGUAGGGUGAGUGGGGAGGAAGGUACAGAGGGGGAUGUGCUGGUGGUGAGGGAGGAUGCAGGCGAGAGGGAGGAGGAGGGGGAGCAGGAGUGA